CUUGGACCACCAUCGCGCUUCGCGCGGCGCGCCUCAAUACUCAUUCUCGCAGAUAUAUUCUUACAGGGUCAUGUCUUUCAGCGGCCUCUUUAGCAGCACACGCAGUACUGCGUCGUCUUCGCGCGGCAAAGUCACCUUUAUGAGCAUCAACGUUGUCCCAGGCCAACCAGAAUCGAGCUUUGAGGAACUUCGUGUACAAGACUACUUGAAAGCGUACACGACGACGGGGAAGCCACCCCCGCCGGUUCCCGAGCAGCCUCCGGACGCACAGACCCGUGCGACGCUGGGCUUGCCACCGCUCUUCCGGGGCGUACUCAUAGACGAAUCCACCGGCGCCAUUGAGGCGCCGCCCGCGCCGCAAGAAGUGUACACUGAUCCCGCGAAACUGCCGCCUGCGCAAGAAUUCACGGUCUACGAAGACACGAAUGAGCGGGUGAAGUACCAGUCUAUUUGCUGUCAUCCUUCUUAUCAGAAGUUUACUCCUGAGGAACUCCGAUACUACGCCUACCUUCGCGGCCACAAAGAGCCGCCAACGCCAGUGAAGAUGAGCCCCUUCGGGGUCGUCGAGGCGUCGACCACAUCAUCGAGCUCAUCGACAUCGACAUCGCGGCCACCGAUAUCGGGCUACAACGGCACCGCAAGCACAUCGUCCAGGGACGAACAAUACCAGAGCAUCAACGCGAAGCCGGAGUAUGAGGGGCACAGUUUCGAGGAACUCCGCUACGAAUUCCUCAAGCACGGCCGCGAGCUGACCUCGAAGGAGAUCUUCGCGUCCUACGGCGCCAACACAGCCGCGGCGGCGCCCGGCUUCAUGUCGCCAGGCGCGGCUGCUCCCGGCGCGCCAGCAGUCCCCGGGCUAGGGAGUGCCCUCGGUGCGCCCGCGAUUCCCGGCCUUGCCGGCGCGUUCGGGGGAGCAGGGGCACCAGGCGCCUUCGGCGCACCCGCAGCACCCAGCCCCGCAGGAAUGCCCAUGUCGGCCGUCCCGUCGGGGGGCAUGUUCGGUGCGGGGGCUCCAUUCGCGGCGGGUGCCACGCCUCCAACCUUCACAGCGGGAGCAGGAGCGCCACCGUCGGCUCUAGGGGCGCCAUCGGCUCUGGCAGGACCGUCAGCGCUGGGAGGACCCCCGGCCUCGUCGUUCGCCGCGGGACCACCUGCGACACCGUUCUCGGCGACACCGACGGCACCAGCGACGCCCUUCGCGGCUACCCCUACGCAGCCCGCGACACCGUUCGGCGCACAACCAGGGUCGGCGGCCCCGAGGAGGUUCUGGUAGGAGGGGAUAUGUCGCGGUAGGAGGAGGGACCUUGAAGGGGAUACCCUCGUAGGCGAUGUGCAAUAACAAUGCUUGCUUUACUCAUGUAUGUAUGUUGGAAUGCAUUUUUCUGUUCUCUGCUCGA